UAAAUAGACGCGGUACUCUCAACUUGUGCGCCACUUGGUGUAGUUUCGGGUAAUGGCUUAUAAAUCUAGACAUCAUAUUGAAGUAAGCUCAGUUGCACUGGUAGACUUAAAAGCAGAAAUAUCAAGAAGACAGAUUGAAGUUAAACAAAAAGUUGAGAAACAUCCAGAUGGCUGUAAUGUGAUAAGGAAUCGUUCUGCUGAAUUAAAACCUGGCAAAGUAUCACUGUGGAAAACUUCAAAAGAACAAAUCUUAGAAGAGCGUACAAGGUUGGAAUCUGAAAACAUACCCUCCGAUGCUGAAGAGUAUGCAGAAUGGGAAAAAAGUAGAAGAGCAUUAGAAGCUAAAGCAAAACUCUACGAUGCUCUACGAGAAGCCGCAAUGUCUGGAAAGAAACCUAAUUUGACAAAGAGAGAUGAAAAUGAUGGAGACAUUCUGGUUGAUUUUGAACAAAAAGCCACAGAAAAUUUAAAUUUAGUUCCUCCGGAUUCUCCUACGCGUUCUUGCUCUUCUUUUAGUAGCGAUGAAGACUCUGAUGAUUAUCCCGCUGGUUGUAGUGAUGAAGAAUGGGAGGAUUACACAGAUGAACGUGGUGUCAAACGAGUUUGUAUGCGCAAAGACCUGUCUAGUCACAUCAAGCAGUCUAGUCCACCUAAACCAGAUGGUCCACUCACAUAUGCACAUUUGAGAGAAGGAGAAAUACGCGAUCAUGGUGUUGGAUUCUAUUCUUUUUCUACAGAUCUUGAACAGAGAGAGGCUGAAAUGAAUCGCUUACGAGAACUUCAUCGGGCUACUGAAGAAGGACGUGCUCGAGCUGAAGCGAUUCGAGCGAAAAGAGAUGCUAAAAUGGGUCAACGUCUUGCACGCUUGCGUGCCCGUAAAGGUUUACCAGAUGUAGCAACUGCUGCUGCACAGUGUCUGGGAGAGGCUGCAGUUCCUGCAACACCUACUCCAAUAGGUGCAGAUGCCCAAUCUGAUAUUCGUCUGAGUAACGAUGAUCUAGAUGUUGCGUCUAUGUUGCGUAGAUUACGCGAUGAAGCUGAACAUAGAGCUGCUAUCAAUAAUAGUAAAUUGAGUGAAUCGAUAAACAGUAUCCCUCCUGAGCCUGAGCCUGAACAUAGAACAAAUUUAGCUGAUGUGCUAGCAUCUCAAAAUCCAAGCCGUCCAUCCUACGGUAGUAAACAAAGAGAAUGGGAUAAAGGAAAGUCAAUGAUUUCAGCACAGCGUUACAUUCAAGAAGAACGUGAUAAGCGAAUUGCAGACUUUGCCCCUCCAUCUCACUAUUAAAAUUUUUUUUUUUUGUAUAUAUCUUUUUAGCAGUGAAAUAUCAAACUUUACCUAUCACCUAUUGUUUUUACAAAAAGUUCGUCUGUAUUUGUAUGAAUGAUAUUUUAACUUCAACAGACAUCAUUUUGUGAUACAUAAUCUACCAAACAUCUAAAUCAUUGUGCUAUAUUGGCUAGCUUAGACUAUAGUUAAAAAAGGCUGUUAGUCUCCAGAUCAUUGAAGGAUGUUAGUUAUUAAAGUCACCAAUACAUCGAUAUAAACUGUAGCGAGGUCCAUGUUUAUUGAUUGAGAUUCGCGAGAUAACAGUCGGUCGUAAUUGCGUUGACGUAUCCGCUACAAAGCCUAUCUCAGGUCGAGGCACGGCGGAUACAGUUGUCAUUUUGAGAGAUAUCAUCCUAAAUUGUACAUUACCUUCUAACGGAUAAGAACAGGAUGAACUCCUGUUAGGUAUCUGGUGGAAGUUUAUGUAAUCUGAAAAUGGGGUUUUCAAUAGUGAACUGAAAUAAUAACGUCAAAAUAAUGUUUAAAAGAAAACCAACUAAACAAGACUAAGCAGCUGUUUUACUCCCAAUUUAAAAUUCUCAUUGUUGUUCAGUCCUCACAUCCUCGUAUUUUCGCGAUACAAAAGGCGCAAUACUGUUUAGUUGCUGAGUUAUGUAAUAUAGUAGUUUAGAAUUUACAACUUCACUCAUAAUAUAGUACGAUAAACAUCAAAUGUUACCAGUAACUGGUAACCCUCACUGUCUAUGAUUCUGUAUGCAUGUCUGGUUACCAGUGCAAUUUACCAAGGAUUAUUGAACCAAAAUAACGUGGUUGUCCCGUAUUUUUCCUGCUUUUCGGUAAUUCUCUAGUUGACAUAAGUCAGUGAUUAUAGAUUGCCUUCAGAUAUGAAUUUUUACGCUCACUGGUGAGAGAGUUAUUUCCCGGAGUUCUAGUGAGAAGGCAUGAUCAGUGAGGGCAGUUAUCUGCCAUUGGAAGAUAUUUUCUCAGUAAUGCAAAUUGAUUUAUGUAAGAAAUGUAAACCAUUGUUUAUCACCAGCUCAGUGGUAUAAAGGUUAAAUAGGUUUAUCACCGUAGUUGAGACGACCAUUUUAUUCUUUUAUCUCGAUCAAAUAAACUUCAGGAAUUGAAAAAAUGUUAGGAUUGUCUUGAUGAGCACUCAUUUGCUGGAUACCGGUUCAUAUACUUGACUUCAAUCCACAUUUUAAGCAUAAAGGAUAUUGAUAAUACCCGGUCUUUUAGCCACUAAGUCCCAAGUUCAAACACCACUCCACCUACUUCAAUUUGACUUUCUGAGAGGUAUCAUUAGCCUAUUGCGGCUAAUACUCAAGUACCUAGUGAGUUAACAAAGUCAAAUCAACUACCCGGACAUCCGAUCCAGAAUAGACGGAGUGAAGCUCAAACCCACGAUUUA